UUAGAACAUUGGUCAGUUGAAUGGGAGCUAUUGAUAUUAAAGCCAUGAAAGUCUUUGUAGUGUUAGCAUUAGCAUUAGCUUGCGUCUCGGCUGCGUCUAUACCCGAUAUUCCAGCCUUUUUGGAAGACGUAGAAGACGUUAAUGUUAUUGAGGGUCGUAUUACUAAUGGUAAUGCUGCUGCUGUUGGUCAGUUUCCCUAUCAAGCUGGUUUAUCUUUGAAAAGAAGUUCGGGUUCAUUUUGGUGCGGCGGUUCUUUAAUUGGUAAUCAAUGGGUAUUGACAGCUGCUCACUGCACAGAUGGUGUUAAUUCGGUAACUGUUUAUUUGGGUAGCACCGUUCGUACAGUGGCUAAAGUUAGCCAUACUGUUACGUCCAGUUCCAUUUAUCAACAUUCCGGUUAUAACUCGAAUACUUUGGCCAAUGAUAUAUCUUUAAUUAAAAUUCCCACUGUGAGCUAUACCGCUGAAAUUAAAGCUAUUAGAUUGCCGGCUAUUUCUAGCUCCUAUUCAACUUAUGCUGGUGAUUAUGCCAUUGCAUCUGGCUGGGGACGUGCUGUGGAUACCGGUUCUGUUGUUUCCUCCUUGAACUAUGCCCGCCUUCAAGUUAUUAGCAAUACUGUGUGUGCUGCUAAUUAUGGCAAUUCGAUUGUUACUGACAAAACAAUUUGUGUUUCUACUACCGGCGGUACUUCCACUUGCCAAGGUGAUUCUGGUGGUCCAUUAGCUUUGGAAUCUUCUCAGCUCCUUAUUGGUGUUACCUCGUUUGUUUCGUCUUCUGGCUGCCAAUCUGGUAGACCAUCUGGAUUUAUUCGUGUAACCGGUUACUUGGACUGGAUCAAAGCCAACACCGGAAUUUCUUAUUAAAUAUUAUGAUUGUAUUUAAAAACUAGUUAGUUUAAUUUAAAAACUUAUUUUUUUUU